AUGGCCGACAAAGGCCCACCCAACAAGAAGCAGAAGACCGACAAUGGCGCGAGCUCUUUUGUCUUGUCCGACAUUAUCACCGUCGUUGUCGGCCCCGAAGCGAAGAAAUUUCACUUGCACGAGAGCGUUCUGGUUUCGGAAUCUCUCUUUUUCAGGGGGUGCCUCCAGUCAGGGAUGAAAGAGCAGAUCGAGAAAACUGUGGUCCUUCCGGAAGACGACUGGGAAAUUUUCGGCAUCCUCGCAGAUUUGGUCUACACUAAGACAGUCUCGUCGGCAAACAAUUUCCGAGCACUCCUGUCGGCCUACAUACUUGCCGACAGACUUCUCAUGCCGCGUCUCCAGAACGAGUUGAUGUAUUGCAUGUGCGCAAGACUGUGUCCAGCGCAUGGACAAUACAAGGUCAGUGUAGAAGAAGUGAGCUGGGUAUGGAACAAUACUACUGAGGGCAGCAAGCUCCGUUUGUUCAUGGUGGAUGCUUUGCACGAGAUAAUGAGUUCGUUUGACUACAACGAACAGGACGGCCGGCCAAUUACCGAACACUACGACUUCAAACGUGCGGCUCAGCUGAAAAAGGCCAUAAUGGAGAACGGCGACUUGGGAUAUGAACUAUACUCGAAGGUCAUCAACUGUGUCAGGAGUCGUCAUGCGGUCUAUGACUAUGCCCGAAGUCCGCCCAACUAUUAUUACCCGUAUCUUGUCCGUGACUUGGAAGAGCAGGGAGUGUCCUCACGCGGAGCUCGGCCUCUUAUCACGUCUAUGGACUGGAUAUGGGAAAGGUACGGUCCAAAGGCUUACUCUAUCCCCGACUGGAGAAGUGAAAAUCGCAAAGGUGGACUGGUUUGGAAGACGGUGGCAUUGCAGCAAGGAGAAGUACCACUGAGAAAUUCUUGA